AUGGAGGCCAUCAAGCAAGCCCUUCACCUUGGCAAGUCCAAUGAUGCCCCUGCUGAGCCCAGCCCCGAGGCUCUCAACGAGCUCAAGGAGAAGUACACAAAGGCCGGUCAAGAGCAAGUCUUCACCUUCUACGACUCUCUCUCAUCGGCCGAGCGAGGAACUCUGUACCAGCAGCUUUCAGGCUUCGACCCCGCCCAUAUCAACGACAUCACACACCGCGCCUUGAACCCUCCCAAGACCAGCGAUGAGCCCGAUCGCCUCGAGCCUCUCCCCGAAUCUGCCACCGCUAGCAUUCUCGACUCCAGUGCCGAUGAUAUCUCUAAGUGGUACGACUCCGGUCUUGACCUCAUCUCCAAGGGUCAGGUCGCCGUUGUCCUCAUGGCUGGCGGUCAGGGCACCCGUCUUGGUAGCUCUGCCCCCAAGGGCUGCUACGACAUUGGCCUGCCCUCCCACAAAUCUCUCUUCCAACUUCAGGGUGAGCGAAUUGUCAAGAUCCAGGAGCUCGCCGCCAAGAAGUCUGCUGGCUCCAACGCUGUGGUUCCCUGGUAUGUCAUGACCAGUGGUCCUACCCGUGGCCCUACCGAGAAGUUCUUCCAGGAAAACAACUACUUUGGUCUGAGCCAAGACAACGUCAAGAUCUUCGAGCAGGGUGUUCUGCCCUGCAUCUCCAACGAUGGCAAGAUCCUUCUCGAGACCAAGGGCAAGGUUGCUGUUGCCCCUGAUGGAAACGGUGGCCUUUACAACGCUCUUGUCGUCUCCGGUGUCGUUGAUGAUAUGCGAAAGCGCGGUAUUCAGCACAUCCACGCCUACUGCGUUGACAACUGCCUUGUGAGGGUCGCUGAUCCCGUCUUCAUUGGUUUUUCUGCUGCCCUCAAUGUCGACAUUGCCACCAAGGUUGUCCGUAAGCGUAACGCUACUGAGUCCGUCGGUCUGAUUCUCUCCAAGAACGGCAAGCCCGAUGUUGUUGAGUACUCCGAGAUCGACAAGGCCACUGCUGAGGAGCUUGACCCUAAGCAAUCUGAUCUCCUUCGAUUCCGUGCUGCCAACAUUGUCAACCACUACUACUCUUUCAGCUUCCUCGACUCUAUUCCUCAGUGGGCUCACAAGCUCCCCCACCAUAUUGCCCGCAAGAAGAUCCCUUCUGCUGAUCUUGAGAGUGGCGAGACCGUCAAGCCUGAGAAGCCCAAUGGCAUCAAGCUAGAGCAGUUUGUCUUCGAUGUCUUCCCCUUCCUGACCCUGGACAAGUUUGCCUCACUCGAGGUCAAGCGUGAGGACGAGUUCUCUCCCCUCAAGAACGCUCCCGGCACUGGCGAGGAUGACCCUGAUACCAGCAAGGCCGAUAUCAUGACCCAGGGCAAGCGCUGGGUCGAGGCCGCUGGUGCCAUUGUCGUCGGUGACAAGGCCGACGUCGGUGUUGAGGUGUCCCCUCUCAUCAGCUACGGUGGUGAGGGUCUGGAGAAACUCAAGGGCACAGAGAUUACGCCCCCUACUCUCCUGUGGCGAGAGUAA